AGACCGCCAUUAAAAUAAUGACCCGCCUCAUGGGAAAACUAGCUGGGCUAGUUGUGCUGGUCAUCCAAGCUGCUCAUGUCACUGGGAUGGAUGAUGAUGGACACAAUUUUGACGAUUUACUUGACUCUCCGGAUGAACGUGGAAACUGGGUGGAUCCAAUAGAUAUGGGAUUUGAAAAAAGGAAACCCAAUCUCAAGCAAUCCCAAUCCUAUCUUUCUGGUCAGCAAGCACAACUAGUUGAAACAUUGUUGGAUCUGGAGAACUGUAGGAACACGCUUAGAUCUCUUAUUGAGGAAAAAUCCCAUCUCUCUGUUACUCCAAGUACAUCUACUGGGUCCAGUACUCCAAGUACAUCUACUGGGUCUAGUACUCCAAGUACAUGUACUGGGUCCAGUACUCAGAGUACAAAGCUUAUUAAACCAAGUACAAAGAUGGAUCUUUCUAAUGACAAAGAAAAUUACAAUUAUUGUCCAAAAAGAGAUAUAUUUCUUCAGCGCCAUGUGUCAACUCUGCUGAAGCAUUUAGUGUUUGAUGGAGUGUCUGGUGCUCAUAUACAUGCUGAGAUUAAACUAUCCACUACUCAGAUUGCUACUCUUAGAACUUUUAGCUCUGGGUCUGGUGGAAGCGCCUAUGACGUGGAUAUUAUUCUCUCCAACAUGAUUCUAGGAUCAGCAGCGGUCAAACAUCCGCUCAUGGAUAAAUGGCAGAGUUUCAAAGAUCUAAGUGAGAAAAUAAAAGAACCUGUUCUUAUUCUUUGCACUGCAUUCUCCCUGGCAUUUUCUAUCCUAUUCAUCUUUAGAUAUUUUACUAUUUGGAAGAUUUUCCUAGUACUGAUGAUUGUAAGUGUCUGCUGGCACUGGCAGCAUAUGCACAAGGAAGCAUUGUCUGCUAAACAAGCAAAACUAAUGCAGCAUCGGAAUAUACCACCAGAGUGCAGUCCGAAUUCUAUGCCAUGGACAUCCUUUUUUAAAUCCUUCGUUGUUUCUGAAGACAAGUGCAAGGAAUAUCACAAGGCUUUGUUAGUGGAUCCGUUCUAUGAGGUGAGUCCCUUGAUGGCAUUCACUGACCUCCUUCUUAACCUCUGCUUUAGACCUCUCAGGGUGUUUGGGAAAGAAUUCUCGGAAAUGGUGAACGAAGUGAACUCCCGAGUUCCUGUUCUAUUGUCGGCGCCUGUUCUAGUAGCAUUAUUAUUACUGAUAGCGUUCAUUCUCAUUCUUAUCUCGGGAUACAAGAUACGUCUGCCAUGGUUCCUAGGUGAAAUAAGUCCUGGCCGAUCUAUAAACUGUUCCCUUGAGACAGAUAUACAGGAGAUAAAACAGUUGUUGAAACAAGGGAAUAGAGAUUCUGUGGAUUUCAGAUCUCAAACAUCAGAAUCUAAUUAUUUGAUGCAAACACAUUCUACAGGUUCCAGCCAUCCUCCCGCUCUUUCUAAACAACAAUCCUGUGUAGAGGAGAUACUCUGUAGUUCAACUAGGCCUAGAGAACUAGAUGAACCUGGAAACCAAACUCAACCCGAGUCGACAAAUAUUAUUGACGUAGAAGAGUCUAAAAGUAGCAAAGAAUCUACGGUUAGAAGUCAGGUUGAAGAGUCUGGAGAAAGAAAUGACCUUUUAACAGAAAUCAAACUGAAGAGAUUUCCAUCAGACGGGUCAGAAUCCGGAAAAAGAGGUUUAACAGAGGUACCAAAAUCUUCAUCAGAAGAAUUAGAUUCAGGAGAAGCUGAUGAGCGUUUAGUCCAUCCAAAACGUCCUGAACUGGUUCAGCAUAGCGCAACAACUCCGACCAAACUACGUUCUCCUGUUCGUAAACUUGACAAUACAAGCUUGUUAAACCAGGAGACAGACUCGUGUUCAACUUCCUCAACAUCAAGGGAGGUUUCUUCGUCUGUCAAUCGAGUAGAUCGUUGGUCCGACGAUUUUGAAGAGGACAUGGAAAUCCUGGACGAAAAUCUUCUCCUCUCUUCUCCGAGUUCUCGUGCUUAUCUAUCCAGGGUUGAGGAGAUCUUGAACCUUGACCAGGAUCCAUCCUAAACCUCUUCAACCUUCCAGACCACCCGGAGCUUUUAAAUCAAACCAAUCCCUCGUACCUGAUGCCAUUUGGACGCUUCGCAUUUAAUGCUGAUUUAAUUAUCGUGACAUAAAAUUAUUUUGAUAUUAUUAUUUCAGA